AUGUCGCACCGCUCCAGGUCGGCCUCACGCACCAGCCGCGACGGGCCAGUCAUCCGCUCCGCCUCAUCAACCGACGCGGAACUCGCCGCGUUGCGCACGCAGCAGCGGGCCGACCGCGACGCGCGCUCCGUCGGGCGCCGCCUACAGAAGCAUCAGGUGGAGACGUCGGCAACCCUCGACGCGAUGCAGAACCGGAUGGAAACCAUGGCGCAGCUCCAGUCGCAGAUGGCGACCAUGAUGCAGCAGAUGCAGGGCAGCAUCAACCGCCUCGUCCCCGACGAAGGUAUGACCACCACCGUCUCUCCCCCCAUCGGCAAUGGCCGCCCCUUUUCCACCCUUCCAACACGCACAAACACCAACCUUUCACCGAUCCCUGAGGGUUCCACACCGAUUUCCACCACCCACUCUGCAAAUCUCCCACCUUUUCCUCCAACCUUGGGCCAAUUCGCACCGAAUCAACUCCCACUUCCUCCAUGCACCGAAGGUGUUCGUCAGAAUGCCGGUGUCCUCACCAACACUGCCCAUGGCACAUCCACAAGGGGAGCAUCAUCCUCCUACAUACAUGUCACCCAACACACCAACCCCACGACCCACCCGCAAUACUACCAGCCACACUCACCUCGCCAAGAGCAGCAUGAUCCAACACCACAGCCAACGCCAUAUGAACAGCCAUACCCGAGAUCAUACCAGCCCCAGCACCACACCUCCUCACAUGAGCUCAUCACUACAAACAACCAAAACCAACCCCGACGACCAACUUCCAAUACCAACACUCCACAUAUGGAUGCUACCAACCAGAGACAAUCCAAUGGACACCCUCCCACUCUACCAUACUCCAAUAGCACCAACUACACGCCAGAACCACACAUCCGCACGCCUCACGUCGAAUUACCUUGUUUUAAUGGUGAUAAUCCUAGAGCAUGGAUUUUGGAAACUGAAGAUAUUUUCAGGUUGGUUGGUAUUACUGGUGAGGCACGUGUCCGAUGGGGAAUAGCACACAUUAGAGGACAGGCCAAAAUCUGGCUGACCAGCUUAGGCAUAGACUUGCAACAAACCUCAUGGGCUGAUCUCUGUCAAGUCCUCAUUGAAAGAUUUCCGGACACAGUAACAAUUGAUCCUAUGGAGCAGUUGCAGCAGCUGAAACAAAGAACAACAGUGGACAAUUAUAUAAAUGCCUAUGAGUCCUGGAUGCAAAUCAUGAAAAGAGGCCGUGCAUACUUACCCACUGAUUUCUUCAUUGAUAGAUUCAUUAGUGGGUUGAACGAGAACAUCAAGCACUUGGUCCAGUAUCAAUGCCCUGUCUCCCUUCUCAAAGCUUACUGGUUUGCAAGACAGUUUGAGAAAAAUCACAACUCCAAUGCACUAGUCCUGCGAAGAGCAUUACCACAUGCACCAGUUCAAACAGGUCCGGCAAGAAACGCAGUUGUACGCGAUAACCAGCAUAGGAUUGGUCCACCAAGAGACAAUCCCAACCGCAAUGCAAGACCUCGAGUGCCUCGGCCAUGCUGGUACUGUCCUGAUAACUAUGUUCCAGGACAUAGGUGCCCAAACAUGCAAAGGGCAUUAAAUAUGCUGAUUAUGCAGGGGUACCCAGAGGAGGCAGAUGAAGAGGUAGUGCAACACCUACUUCUAGAAGCCAUGCCAGCUGUGCAAAAUCCAGUGGCUGAAACGGAGGUAGCUUUGGCAGUAAAUGUGGAGCAACCGGCUGAAGAUGAUUUACACAUGAUGAAAAUCUCGGCAGCAGCUUACCAUGGCUCAACUAGUGACUCCACAAUUUCUCUCCUUAUACACAUCAAUGGAGUACCAGCUAUUGCCUUGGCUGAUACGGGCAGUACAAAUACCUUCUUGGACAAACAAUUUGCAAUGGACCACAACAUCGCUAUCAGUCCCAUGCCAGCAAGAAGAGUAAAAGUGGCAGGUGGGGGUAUACUGAUUUCUGAUUCCAUUGCCUACAAUCAUCAAUUCUGCAUCCAAGGACAAGUCUUCUCCACCGACUUUCGAAUCCUUGAAUUAGGAGGAUCUGAUGCAGUGCUAGGUGUUAACUGGUUCAAGUUACACAACCCAGUUACCUUUGAUUUCAUAGAAAGAACAUUGACAAUAGAAGCCGGGGGACAGCUUCACACAUUCCAGGAUCAUUUGGUUCCAGCAGAGGACCUUAUGAUUUCAGCAAUGGAGUGCACACAGCUGCUCAAAGAACAAGCCACGGGCUACAUCUUGUACAACAUGAAUGAGGUGGAGGCCACCUUAACGGAGCUCAAAAAAACAACACCACCACAUGAGUUUCAAGACAUACUGCAAGCCUUCGCUGAUGUAUUUGCUGAGCCUACUGGACUGCCUCCUCAUAGAAGUGCAGAUCAUGCCAUCCCUCUUCAACCUGGCUCCAAACCUCCAAACAUCCGGCCCUACAGGAUGUCUCACACCCAAAAGAACACUAUUGAGACCAUCAUAACGCAAAUGUUGAAGAACAAAGAAAUCCAACCUAGUGAUAGUCCCUUCUCCUCCCCAGUGAUUUUGGUGAAGAAGAAAGACAAAAGCUGGCGACUGUGUGUUGAUUUCAGAGGUCUGAACGAGCUGACAAUCAAAAAUAAAUUUCCGAUACCAGUAAUAGAAGACUUAUUGGAUGAAUUACAUGGCGCAACUGUCUUCUCCAAGCUCGACCUCCGUUCGGGCUAUCACCAAAUCAGAAUGAAGGAUGAGGAUGCGCACAAAACUGCAUUCUCCACUCAUUUGGGCCAUUAUGAAUACCGGGUCAUGCCUUUUGGGCUCAGCAAUGCCCCAGCAACUUUUCAACACCUAAUGAACAACAUCUUCGCCAAGCAUCUAAGGAAAUUUGUACUAGUUUUCUUUGACGAUAUCUUGGUAUACAGCAGUGACAAGGAACAACACAAGAGGCACCUAACCAUUGUCCUGAACAUACUCCGGGCAAAUCACCUCAAAGCAAAGCUCACUAAAUGUACCUUCGCACAGCCUCAAGUGGAGUACCUUGGCCACAUAAUAUCAGGCCAAGGCGUUGCUACUGACCCAUCCAAGAUUAAGGAUAUCCUUGAAUGGAAAACACCACAAACCUUGAAGAAACUUAGGGGAUUCUUGGGUCUGACUGGCUAUUAUCGCCGGUUCAUCAAAGGGAAGGCAGACCGAUCGCUUUCUACAGCCAAUGCUUAG